AAACGUUGUCUUACACCAAAAGCACUUUUCAAUGUCUCUUUAUGGGUAAGCCAAGCAAAAACACAGUCUAUAAUUCGGUACAUCGAUUACCAAACCCAUAUGAAAGGCUUCCAAUAAAUUUAAUAUAUGAUUUUGCUUUGCCUUUAUCAGAACAUUUACCGGAUUCUGAUUUGAUCCAUAGUCUUCAGGACUUUGCAGCGGAGUAUAUGAUCGCAACAGGCAAAAAAUCGCUUGAAUCCAUGGACGAAACUGCACUUUUAGGACUUGGUUGUUUAGUUACUGAGUGGAUGAACGCUAUGGUUUCUGAAUGUUUAGAAGAAUUUGAAGAGAAAGGAGAAGAGUAACGAAUUUAGAAUGAUCUUAAUGCUUGCCGUAUCGCUGUUGAAACAUGAGAAAUUCAAUGUCUCCCAUACUGGAUACCAUUGAAGAAAUUAGAAUGGUAAAGAUCGUUUCUCUAGUUAAAGGAAAUAAACGAUUAAAGUAUUCUUAGUUUCUUUGUUAUAUCUCGCAUGGACACACUUGUUAUUUCAAUUGCAUUCCUUCGAUACCAGUACAGAUUCGUAAUAAAAAGUGAUUCACAACAUCUAGGAUAGAAAUAGCAGGGAUUAACUAGUUCAUAUUGAACAAUAAUAAAAAAACAUUAACGCUUCACAAGAAGAUUCCUC